GUUAAGACAUAACCAAUCAGAUUGCUGAUGAGGUAGAGUGACGCAAUGAGGUAGGAAGUGGAGUCGCCUGGAGGUACGUCACAAGUUUUUAUAAACAGAUUCAAAGAUAUAUACGGUGUAUUUCUGAGUUUGCAACCAUGUGGCCAGUAAUCUGGACUGCCAUGCGCUCAUAUGCGCCAUAUGUGACCUUCCCAGUGGCCUUGGUGGUGGGAGCUGUUGGGUACCACCUUGAGUGGUUUAUCAGAGGUACUCCUAAUGCUCCAAGAGAAGAAAGAGGUAUCGCAGAGCAACGAGAGGACAGGAAAUUAGAAGAAUUGACGGGUCGGGACAGCACACAGGUCAUCAGCCUAAAGGACAAACUGGAAUUCACCCCAAGAGCGGUACUGGAAAGAAAUCGACCGGAGAAGAGUUAAGUGUCAAGUCCUGCAAGAUUACCACACGAUGAGCUACAUCUUAGUCUAAAUGAAUCAACGUUGGACUCAUCAUCUUGUUUCACUGCAUGGUACCAGACACGGAUGUUUUGGGAAUCAUAUAAACAAACUGAAUUUGUAGGAUUUGAUGUCCAAGCUUAUAUCACAUCGUUUAGCUGCCACUUAUGUGGAGUCUUUCCAAUAUACACAAUGUGAGCUGGUAAAUCUUGACUGCUGUGAGACGCUUUGUAACAUUGAUUCAUUAAGACGACUUGAUAUGCAUUUUGUGCUUCAGGCAUACAGACACAUGACUAUAUGCUUAAGUUCUAAGUUUUUCAUUUGUGGUCCCUGUCAGAUGCUCAUGAGACUCUUGCUGAAAGAAAGACCACUGUUGUUAAGAUUUUGUAUAGAUAAUAAAAGUGCAUGCAUGACGGUGUUUGAGUGGCACAAAAACUUAUGAUGUUUGAUUUUGGGUUGAUUCGGGUUUUUGAAUAUUCAGAAAAUGUCUCCAUUGCCGUUUUAUGCUAAUUAGUAAUAACAAACCCAGUAAAUGGUGCAUAAUGUUACCUCAUGUGUUUAUGCCAUUUGAUGCAUUAGUAUUUAUUUGUCAGGUAUGUGGGCCAGCAAUGCAUUCUUAAGAAUAAAGGUUUUUGGGGAGGUUGUACAAUAACAUGAAGAAUCUGUAGUAUCUGUUGAACUUCCCCACUACACAAAAGGUUCAUUGUGGUAGAAAAAUGGCAUCACUGGAAAACCUUUAUUUUUGACAGUGUAUCAAACUAAUGAAAAACAACAGUAGUUUAUUGUUGCCUUGUUUUACUCGGGGCAUUGUAAAUGUAGUGCUUUGGUAAGCAAUACUGAAUGCAUUGGAAUUAUAUGAAAACACAUUUAAUUAAAUAAAUAGUUUGCUCUUA